UCAUCCAAACAAAAUAUGUGGCCGUGGCAUUUCACUACAAUCAGAGCAACCUUUGCUUUCAGAUUUUCUUCAAGCCAUGGAAGCUAAUGUCAUCAAACUCCAUGGAACUCCUUCCAUCGUCACCGCCUCUAGUACAGCUCGACGUCACAGAUCAUCCAUUCUCUCAAUUCAUUACCGGAACAAACGAGUUUCUCCGUUCUCGCUCACAGUCACAAGAUGUUCCACCACCAGAAGUAACGAAACAUGUCAAGAUUCGAGCUUGGAGUCAUCUUCUCUGCCGUCUUCGAAGAAAGGACUGGUUCUUGAUUUAGGUACUGAUUCGUGGGACAGCGAGGAGAUUGGAUCUCCUGUCGUGAAGAGAUUUCUAAGUGACAACGAAGAGAGAUGGUACAUGUGGUACCAUGGAAGAAGCACCUCCUCAAAGCAAAACCUAGUUUCAGAUUCUGUCGGAUUAGCGGUUUCAAACAAUGGGAUUCACUGGGAAAGAGGGAAAGGGAUAGUUGAGUCGACGGACGAUGUGGGUUUGGUCAUGACCCCUUGUGAAGACUGGUGGGCUUUCGACAAGGCUAAUGUUCGGCCCCGUGAAGUAGUGAUAAUGUCUAGCUCCAAAGUCAGAGCUGAUAGCUCUGUUUACUGGAUGUAUUACACAGGCUACACGACCGAGACCGUUGAGUUUCAGUCCCAAGGUUUGAACUUUGAGUUGGGGAAUCCAGAAAGAUUCGAGAAAGCUAGCGUUUUUAGGUCACUCCCCGGGUUAGCGAUCAGUCAAGACGGUAGGCAUUGGGCUAGAAUCGAAGGUGAGCAUCAUAGUGGUGCGUUGUUUGAUGUUGGGUCUGAAAAAGAUUGGGACUUUCUAUACAUUGCAUCACCACAUGUAGUGUUCCAUGGAAGUGGGGAUCUAAGGAUGUAUUACCAUUCUUUCGACGCGAAAACCGGUGAGUUUUGCAUUGGGAUGGCGAGAUCUAGGGAAGGGAUCAAGUGGGUGAAGUUUGGUAAGAUCUUAGGAGGAAGAAAAUCUGAAAAGGAAGGUUUGGUUUGCUUUGAUGAGAUGGGAGGAAGGUAUCCUUGCGUGACAAGGAACAAGAGAGAUGGGAGUUAUGUGAUGGCCUAUGAAGGUGUGGAUAGAAAUGGUAAGAUGAGCAUUGGCUUGGCGGUUUCGAUAGAUGGGAUUAAGGAUUGGAAACGGGUCCAGGACGAGGAAGCAGUGCUUGCGGUUGGUGAAGGCGGUGCGUGGGAUAGCGAAGGAGUUGGGUGUCCUUAUUUGAUUGAGAUGGAUGGAGACUCUGAUCAUCAGUGGAGGUUGUAUUAUAGAGGUGUUGGUAAUGGUGGUAGAACAGGGAUAGGUUUAGCUGUUUCUGAGGGGAGUGAGAUCACUAAGUUUACAAAACAGAUGUGAGACUAAUAUGUCUUUUUGCUUUGAAUUGGUAAUGAAACAAUUUGAUUAAAUCA